UACCUUUAGCUAGCUACCAACAUAACUACUGUCGGUCAGAUUUGCAAGGUAGCAGUUUAGCAAGCCGCUCGUUUGAACCAUUUUUAUAAGCAUUUAAGUGUCAGCCUUUGCAGCUCGAGACAGCUCACGCGUGAUUGACCAGCAUAAAUUGUUAGCUACAAUAUUGGAUUUCGAUAAAGCUGUUAAACGUUGGCUGGUUCGAAAUUUUGAACUCACAUUUUAUUUAAAUAUUAUACAUCACACGCGUAUUUCAUUUUGAUAGGUAACGUUAAAUCUGAUCGACGUUCAUUUAUUAAAAUAUUGUAACCAUAUCGUUACCUUUCUUGCUACAUUAUCUUCUGCAAGCAGCUCAGCUGUUUUUUUUCCCUGUGUAGUUAACGUCAUUUGUUUUUGAAAGCCUUCUAUCGUUAGCUAGCUAACCUAGCUACCUUACGGGUUGUCAUUUUUACUUUUUAAACAACAAGGCUUUCGGUGUGGUUCAACAUUCAUUCUGUGUUCAAUUUAUUUGUGGGUCACUUCCACAGACGUUUAAUAGCUAGAAAUUUAGCUUGCCAAAAGAUACAGUGUUUGUAACCGCAAGCCAGAAUCAGUCAAGCAAAUUGGACAAAACAUUUUGGCCAGUAAAUCAAGCUAAUAAGAGCAGUUAAUUUGCUUUCACACCGAUAACUGACUUGUACCUUGCGAUUGAUAACUUCCACAUCUCUUGCUAAUUUUCAUCAUUUCCGAAAACCAACAUCGAAGUAACCAAUUUUUAGCCAACGUGCUACAGUAAAAGGUGCUACAGAAUCAGUUUUACAUCUACAUUUUGGUCCGGAUUGUCAUUUUAUCGGAGUAAUUGUUGAAAAUGGCGGCUAUCGAAAUGGUGCAGAUGUUGAUCGAAGCAGCAGAAUACCUUGAUCGCAGAGAAAGAGAAGCAGAACAUGGCUAUGCCUCAAUGUUACCGUUCACCAGCAGCAAAGAGAAGGACAGCUUUAAACGGAAAAACAAAAGCAAGAAGAACUCCAGUAGCAGAUCCACACACAACGAGAUGGAGAAAAACAGACGCGCACACCUAAGGCUGUGUUUAGAGCGAUUGAAAUCCCUUGUUCCAUUGGGACCAGACUCCAACAGGCAUACCACCCUAAGCUUGCUGAUGAGGGCCAAGAAACACAUUGAGAGGUUGGAGGAAAGCGAGCGGAGAGCCCAGCACACCUUAGACCAGCUGCAGAGGGAGCAGAGACACCUCCAACGACGUCUCGAGCAGCUGGGGGUGGAGCGAACUCGUAUGGAUAGCACCGGUUCCAUGGUUUCCUCAGACAACCCUGACUCGGACCAGGAGGAGGAGCUGGAUGUGGAUGUGGAGGGUACGGACUUCCUGCUCGGGGACCUGGAGUGGAGCACCAGCAGUGUGAGUGACUCUGACGAGAGGGGCAGCCUUCGUAGCAGCUGUAGUGACGAGGGCUACUCCAGCGCCAGCCUGCGCCUGCAGAACCAAAACACUCAGGAGAAGGGCAAGCAGCUGGGCUGCAGCCUAUAAAAGCACCACCCUCAACCUCUAACCCCCCCCCCAUUCCUCCCCAGCAAUCCCAUCCUUCUAUUGUGCAGUUAAUUCCCGCCCACCAGCCAGUCUCUGCCAAUCAGAGCUCACUCUCAGCAGGACUGGUCUGUUUUGACCAAGCUCUUUUCUCCAUAUUCCAACUCUCCCGCCCAACCCCUUCAGCCCCCUAAUGCAACACCACUGAGACACAUGCACCGUCCGAUCUUAUCUGUCAUAUCAGCCAACCAAAAUGGAGGACUAGUCUCUGGCACUGCUCACUCAAAGCCUCUGGUCCAAUCAGAUGAGUGGGAUUUGGAAGACAGUCCUCCGUCCGUCCCUUUCAGUGUCCACCAGCUGCCCCUCCCUCCCCCCUCCCCCCGAUGCAGGGUUAUUGACUGUUUUCAUGUAUAUCUGUGCUGUUUUCUCCUUUCACCUGUCCAACAUCUGGAAAACAAAGACUUCCGGUAAAGAAUGUGAUCGCAGCACUCCGCCCAUACACCCCUCUGCUUUUAUGCUUCAGAAGCCUGAGCAGUAAUGAUGAGACUCCUGAGCUCUAAAUCUCAUCUCGUCCCGCUGUCCAAUCAGACUGGCCACUAAAUAGGUGGGGGUACAGACAAAUAGGGCUGUGUCACCUGACUAACAAGGUUACUUAUCACAUCAUGGUCUUUUUCACUCAUGGAAGGUAUUGGAUGGCAUUGUCUUUCUGGAAGAGCUGUGGUGUGGUCAUUUGAAACUAGAUGUCUCCUGAAAAGACUGCAACUGUUGUAGUAUCAAAUCUAGUCUCUUUAUUUUUUUGGUUACUUGUCGUCUGCCUGCACUGUCCACAUGAAAAGCUCUCGCUGGGAGUCCUACGACACUAAGCACAGCGGUGAUGGGGUGUCAUCCAUGUUCAAGGAGGCAUAGCUUGGAGUGCUUAUAAUGGGGUGAGGCGUCAUGUUUCUUUCCGUGUUAUGUCCACACCUAAUGAGGGGGGGGGGGGGUCGGGGGAAAAACUUGUGAAGAACAAUGUGCAGCAUGAGAUUGUUAUGAUGUGGGUUUUUAAGGCAUAUUUUAUCUUGCUCUCUGAUGACAGUGACGUUUAUGAAAAUGUUUUAUGUCCGUGUUGCUGCUGGUCACCUACUUUAGUAGCCAGUGGUUUUCACUUGAAUAUGUGGAGGUAAAGUCGUUCAGACUGACCGAAAGUUAACUAUUGAAGGUAAACCGGUGGAGAGAUUAAAGCACAUUCCAUGUUAGAGAUAAAAAUAGGGCAUGUUACUAGAGAAUUAGCUUUGCCCAUAUUUAUGAGGCUGAGUGUUUGCCAUUUUAAAGACCGGAACGACAUAUCUGCAACAGAUCUGCUGACUUGCUUUGUCUUCCAGUCGUAGCAGAGGUCAACAUCUUGAGUUAGUUCAGUUCUCAAAAGAAAAGAGCAAAAUAUAUUCUGUAAUACAGCAAGUACUCUCCUCUGCCUUGCCUUUAUAGCUAUUUAUUAUUUAAGCUAAAUGUAGUCAACUUUAUGUAAAAAGUUCACACAAAGAUAUAUGUAUAUUGAAUAAAGUAUUUAUAUUACAUCUAAAUAUAUAGAUAUAUCUAUUUAAUUCAUUAUCGCUUUAGUUUUAUUUCAUUCUUGUCAGGUUUAAUGUGUAGUUGGUUUGCACAGUCAAAGCUUUUUAGAAUCGUCUUUUUGUGCCUAUAGGCUUUUGUGUCCAUUCAGAAAUUGGCACGGUGCUCCUAGAAAUAAAUGAAAUAGUUUUAUUUGUGGUUGAUUUAUAUCAUAAAAGCCAUCAUCUAUGUCAACAACAGAAAAAGAAUGGAAAAAAAUCUAUAUAAUAUUUUAAAAAACAAAAGAAACAUUUAUAAAAUAGAAAAGAGGAGCUGGUGUGUGUGUGUUGGCGCUUUGGCAUUGCUGAAAUGGUGGGAAACUACAGUGAGGCUUCUGCCUUUCGUGCCUGAGAGCCUGAAACAAAAUGGCUCCCCCACCCAAGAUAUUUUAACACAAUGUAUAGAAAGGAGGAAGCGGUGGGUAAACCAGGGCAUAAGCUGGGUAGGAUUGCAGCAGUGUUUCAUUGUAGUCCAUGGCCACUAGUUUCUAAUAUAUCUGCUCUCUUGCCCUGUUGCAGCACCAUGCCAAAGGAACAUAAAACCUGUGUCUCAUGCAGACUGUCAUUAGAACAUGAAGACAGUCAGUAAACCCCGCAAAAAAAUAUAUAUAAAUAUAUAUCUAAAAAUAAUAGGAAUAGGGAUGUUUAGUCUAUUUGUAUGGAAUGCUGCACUUGUCAUUUUCAAACCGUAUCCAAAAAGAAAGGAAAACUGUAUCCAUGCUAGAAGAGGGUGUUUUUGAAUACAGCCCCUAAAUGAGAGUGGUGCUAUGCGGCAGGUAGGUAGAUAGGUAGGUAGGUAGGUAGGUAGGUGUGUGUGUGUGUGUGUGUGUGUGUGUGUGCACUGAAAUACUGCGUGUUUGAGUCGUGUGUGUGUGUGUCUCGUCACUGUCUUCAGAGAGAAAUUGUAUGGGUUUGGAUGUUUGGGGGAGGGUUGUUUUCAAUGGGGAAAAACCGUGUUGCAUUUGUAUGGAUAUUUUUAUUUGUUUACUAGUAAAAAAAAAAAAUGUUUGCAAAAAGCCUUCCACUAUAUAAAGAAAACCAACCUCAUGUAUUACUAAGCUAAGCAUUAAUGUCUGUUGUUGUGGGGCCACACACACUCCCCCAUCCUCUGUCCUUGGCCACUUUUCUGUGUCUUCCACUCCUCCCUGAUUGUGAAUGUGGCUCCCACAGAAAAGAGAUACAUUUCUCUGGUGGUUCCCCUCAUCCCACACAAGCUGUGGGCCAGCCACCCUGGUGCAGAGGGAGCCUGAGGGAGCAGCCUGGGCUGGGUACAGCACAUUUUCAGCUCCCUCCCUGGAUAACACUUAUAACACCCACGGUGCUUCAGUAUCUGCCUUAAGAGCAGGUGUGGAAAGAACAAGAAAACAAAUGCAUUUGGCUUCUGUGUAGUCCAUAUAUGGGAUCUCACCUUGGGAGUUUUUUUUUUUCUUUCUAUAUUAGGGUUAUGUUUGUAAAAAGUGGCUAUAGCCUUAAAACAGACAAAUAUCAGAACCAUAGCAAAGUAUAUUAUAUAUGAAUGUAUAUAAUAUAGAAGUAUGGACAUGUUGUUAUUACACAUCAUUCCUAUUCAUUGUAAGUGUCUCAGGUGUGUUGCUCUCGUAUGCGCGCACACGCACACACACACACACGCACAGCACAGCCCACACACGUUGUCAUACACACGUCAGAACAGACUUUGCCUUUUCAAGGCUUAAGAAGGGUUUAUGUCUGUUGAAAUAUAAACAGGUGGACUUUUUGUGCACUCACUUUUUAGAAUUGGGGAAUUUAAACAUUAAAUGAAACCACUUAAAUGUGGAGCCUAAAUUUAUAUUUGCCAGUGAACUGAAAGGAAUAAAACAUUUGA